AUGGAUGAAGCCUAUGAACCAGUUGCCACCCUUGCUGACGACACCGUGCCAAUUACAUCCACGGCCUCUUCUUGGGGUCAUGCCCUAGGAGAGCGAUUGAAACUACGGUCAUGGUCCCAGAAACUCAAGACCAACUCACGCGGUGCCAUUGAUCACGUUUUUAAAGCGAGAAUAAAGCAGCUCGUUGAUCACAGCUCUUUGAUAGACUCGUGUUGCUCAUCGUGCUCUCGCCUGAGUUUACACCGUGAGAGCUUCGUUCUUGGUGAGGAUACAAAAGAUACUCCAAAAGAAGUGGAUCCAGUUCAUACGACGCUAAGCCCAGUGAAUCUCGGUUACCUUAAUGAUAUCUACAAACGCAAGUCGUCUUGCGCUUUCUGCAGACUAGUUUACAAAGCCACCAAACUAGACGUUAAAGCUUACAAUCAGCCUCGAAGGACCUGUGUCAAUAAUGAAGAUCGCCAAACCACAUGCUGGAUGGAGUGGCUAAUUGAUGGAAGAACAGGGUCAGACACGAUACAGCCUAGCAAUGCAAUCAACACCCCAAUCACAGAGUGCUUUACUCGUCGAAUUCGCUUAUAUAGCAAAGAUGGGUCAUUUUCCGACGCUUAUCUUGUUUUGUUGUCAACAUACAACACUGAGAGCAGGUCGCCCAGUUUUCUUGGCAGGAUUGUCGACCCAAGACAGGCGAGUUUAGCGAAGAUGAGCGAAUGGAUUGGAAUCUGCGAGCAGUCCCACAAGGAAGUUUGCCGGCCACUACACGAUAAAAGUCCAGCUCAAAGUCUUGGGGAGAGUAUGAGGUUAAUCGAUGUUAAUCAAAUGUGUCUUGUCACUGCGGAAAGUACAACGAAAUAUGUCACCCUCAGUUAUUGCUGGGGCAAAACGAAAUUCUUUAAAAACACACGACGUCUCUACGCUAAGUUGCGGAGGCCAGGAUUCCUUAACGUUGUUUUUGAUGAACUUGGCCAAACAAUACAAGAUGCCAUAUUGUUAGUGAGAUCUCUUAACAUGGGAUAUUUGUGGGUAGAUAGCAUUUGUAUCGUGCAAGACGAAAUAGGAGAUUGGACGCGAAUAGCUCCGGUUAUGGACCGAAUAUAUGGCUAUUCCACGCUUACCAUCUGCGCUGGCAGUGGCGGUGGUGUUUCCGAGGGUCUUCCUAGAGCACAUUUGGGAUCUCGUCGAUUAAUCCAAUACGUUGAGCGCGUUGCAGGAUUAGAAUUGAUGGUUGUCCGAUCUCCUGAGAAUUACAUCAGAGCAUCUCCAUGGAACAGUAGAGCGUGGACAUUUCAAGAAAGGCUUCUUUCGAGACGAUGUUUGAUUUUUGUUGGUAACCGCGUUUUCUUUCAAUGUCGACGAGCUACUUGGUCCGAAGAACUGGAUUCCGAAGGGCACUGUCCUUCCUGGACACUUGAUAUUGUCGGGUCUCCGUUGAAGUUAUGGAACGACCAGCCAUUGCGACGGUAUAGCGAUUGUGUUCAAAUAUAUAGUGGUCGUAGGCUUACCUUUGUUACGGACAAAAUGAUUGCCUUUACUGGUCUAGGUGAUAUUUUGGCCUCAAAACUCCAGGGGCCGUUGCUUUACUGUCUUCCAACCGCAUAUUUUGACUGGUCUCUGUUGUGGGAACCGAUUAUGGCAAUGGAGCGCAUUGAAAGACCAUCGACUAUCAAAUAUCCCAGCUGGUCCUGGUGUGGAUGGGUAGGGGGUGUUGAGUGGAGGCUUUCAACAACUUCUGGGAUUCUCAAUAAUAUGCAUGAAUGGUUAGUAGCUCAUACUUGGAUCAUUUGGUAUAAAGGUAGUAAGAAUGGCACACAUACUCUGGUUUGGCAAGCUUCAGAGGUAUCCACAACAAUGCCGACUCGCUGGAAUGGUUACACCACUCCUGAUACUGAUGGCUGCUUCGACUCUUAUGGACGGCUCAGAAAACUCGAAGCUGCGGGACAAUCACCUCGGCUUGAGACAGUGCCAAAAAUAUCCGCUGCAAUCCAUUGCCUUCAAUUUUGGACCUACUCUGCAUUCUUCAAUCUUGUGGAGAGAAACAUGUCGGACGCAAAUUUCAAAUCGGUACUCGGCUCGGGACUCCACAGAUACGACAUCGAAGAUUCAAAAGGUGACUGGUGUGGGACGAUAAUUCUAGAUAAUACCUGGGCCGAAGGCUGUCGCAAAGCACACGAAUUCAUCGCAAUAUCUGAAGUCAAAGACUUGCAACUUGAAGAAUUCGACAGUUGGACAUAUUAUAUCCCGCAAGAACGAGAACAAGCAGAAUGGUAUCUAUACUACGCUUUGAUGACACAAUGGAACGACGAAAGAACUGUCGCGAAGCGAGUAGGUCUUGCAAAAAUCUUUAAAGAAGCAUUUCAUUCAUCGUCCUUUGCGCCAGGAUUGAAAUGGAAGGAGAUCGCAUUGGGUUGA